CGGCUAGGACGAUCAGACGAGACGAAGGCAUUUUGGCGCGAGGAAACGGCAGCCACAUUGGUAUCAAGAAACAAGAGACCGGCCAUCGACGAGACGACGAUCAAACGGCUCGAGAAGCUGGCAUCAGUCGGCUUUGUGGAUAGGCAGAGCAAGCGGGGACGGAAGGAGGCGGUGAUUGCCGAACGACUACGGGCGGUUCGCAGCGAAGAGACGGUGCGUCCGAGGUGCAGUACCCUGGAGAACAGUUGCAUCCACUUGCGGGACGACGGGGCGCGGCGCGACGUCGAUCGGCGCGAGAUACUGAGGAACGCAGCGGUACUGAAGGAAGAAUACUUCGUCGCGCAACUAACGGCAGGCAGGCAAUAAGGCAAGGUACUCGAGACGGUGGUACGUAAGCAAACUAAGUGGCUCAUUAUCGGUAUAUUUGACGUAGAUUUGAGUGAUCACUGGUAAGGCGUGAAACUAUUGUACUCACACUGUGUAAAGUAAGUCGACAUGGCGGACGAACAAGCUAUCGCGGUGUUAAAAAAGAAACGCGGUAUUGUUAAGGGUCAAUUGUCGAAGUUCGUAACAUUUAUCGAUAGAUAUAGCGAGGCGGGACACACGCCGGAAUUAGAGGCUAGGUUAGAAAAGGCCGAGCAAUUGUGGGCGAACUUUGACCGAGUGCAGACAGAACUCGAGAUAGCGGAUGAAGCGCAAUCAUCACAUCGCGACGCGUUUGAAGAAUCGUAUUUCGCAGUAAUA